ACGACAAGACAACAUUAAAUUAUUUCACUCACUCACUCACAUUAGAACUACUAUAGUUGCCACACAUUAUCAUUAUUAUUUGCCAAGUGCCACCAUUAAACAGAGAGAUUCAAAGCCAUGAAAGCUUCAUUACACAUUACUACUCCUCUUGCUCUUUCACCUAAUCAACUACUCAAUGCAUCCACUCCUGGGGAUAAAUAUUUUUGUUUGAAAUAUAACAAAGAUAGGAGUGCUGUAUUGACAGUAGUAGCCAGUGGAAAAGGUGGUGGUGUGUUGGAUAAGCCACCAACAAUAGAGAAAACAACACCUGGUCGAGAAUCUGAGUUCGACUUAAGGAAAUCAAAGAAAACAUCACCUCCAUAUAGAGUAAUGCUACACAAUGAUAACUAUAAUAAAAGAGAAUAUGUAGUACAAGUGUUGAUGAAAGUGAUACCUGGAAUGACAGUUGAUAAUGCAGUUAACAUCAUGCAAGAGGCACAUUAUAAUGGAUUAGCAGUUGUAAUUAUAUGUGCUCAAGUUGAUGCUGAAGAUCAUUGCAUGCAAUUAAGAGGAAAUGGUCUUUUAAGUUCAAUUGAGCCAGGUGAUGGUGGUUGUUGAGAGAUACUACCAUCUAAAAGUUAUUUGUAUCAAUCACAUUAUCUCGCAUUCACCGCCGUCAAUUAGUUGAAAUCACCCGAUAAAGAUCAAACAUGUAAAAGCGGACUUAUUUAACUGUUACUUAUAGUACUUUUCAUCCUUCUCCCUUGGUAACUUAUUACCCGAUUUAUGAGUUUUUAUCUUCUAUGGAAUUCGAACUUUGUAUUUGGGGAAUAAGUAUAAAGGUUUGAAUCUCGCAGAAGGCAUAAAAACUCGUAAAUUGGUUAAUAGGUUACUAGGGGGCGAGAAGUACUGUGAGUAGUAGUAGUCCAAUAGGUCAGUCGUUACAAAACGGUUCAUAGUUAAAGCAAAAUAUGAACCGUUUGAUCUUCAUCCAAAGAUUUUGAUUGAUUGUUUGCAGUGAUUAUUUUGUGAUAUUUGUUAAAUGGACUUAAAUUUCACAUGUAUAUUAUACAUGGUGUCCAUAUAGUGUUCUACUUCCCAAUCAUUAAAGAUAGCUAAUAGUUGUAUACAAAAUUUGUGACAAGGUAUGGAAAGGCAUAUAUAGUGCUAGUUAGUACUUAUUGAGAACAUAAUUAGGUUGCUACCGAUCGGUAGUACUAUUUAGAUUUAAUAUAUCUUAUAUACUAUCAAAGUCUUGUUUUUUAAAUGAAACAAUGAUUUUAUGUCA